AUGCUCCAGAACCUGUUCGAACAGUACCGUCUCGGCUUCUUGACACCGGGACAAUUCACCGCUCGCAACGCAAUAUCCCAGUUUGAAACACUGGUAGAGAACCACCAAGUGAUCAAGUACCGUCCCACAGCAACCCAUGCCCACGUAAGACCCACAAUCACAUCCCUGGAUGUAGACUCUCACUCGGGGGGCAGACACUUGCUCAGUGGUGGUGACGACGGCGGCGUCUCACUGUGGGGGGUUGAUGAGUCCUCGACCAGUGGCGGGACUCUCCGAUGCAAGAGGUUGCGUGUGUCCAGGAGGGAUACGAGACACAACGCGGUGGUGCCACGGGGGGCGCGGACCACUGAUGAUACGAGACUCGUACACAGUUUCGAGACUAGUGCAAACAAGUUCAGAAUGUACAGGGGGAGCCGGCCAGCGGCGGUGCCGCCAGGGGAGGCGGAUGCGCAAAGUGCACACCAGUUCCGCGUCACGUCGGUGAAAUGGUACGGUAGUGACAACGGGAUGUUCUUCUCCGGUGGGAACGACAGGACAGUGAAGAUCUGGGACACGAACACGUUUGAGUGCGUGCAGGAUUUGGCGCUAGGGUACGUCGUGAACCAACUCGACUGCACGAACAACUCACUCAAUAGCGUCCUUGUCGCAUCGGAUGAUUACUACCCGAGGAUGAUCGACUUGAGGAACAUGAACAUGGGGGUCACUAUAUUCGGUAAGGGCUCACAGCGGGGGGUACCCAUGAAACACGAGAUACUCACUUGUAAGAUGGACCCGGCGAGGGAGUACAUCGUCGCCUCGGGGGAUUCCAGCGGGAGUGUUAAAGUUUGGGAUCUUAGACAGACCAAUAACCUCUUGGUGCAGCUUUCGAGGGGUGGUGACUCGGCGCAUAGGGCCAGCUGUGUUGACAUAUGUUGGAACCACGAGGGCACGAAACUCGCCUCGGUCUCGCUGGAUGGGACCAUCGUCUUGUGGGAUCCCUUCGACAACAACAGGUACGUGAACAACUUCUCAGAUAGAGAGAACAUGAACCCGUUUGCUGAAUCGGAACACCCACAUUUCAAACAGCUUGGUGAAACGGAUAGGACCCGCGUGCGGCACGCGAGAAGAACGUCGCAGCGGCUCCAGUGGGUCGCUGGGAAGUACCUCGCUGUCAACACGGACUUGGGAGAAUUGCAAGUCUACGAUACGGUUCAAGGGAAAUACUGGAACAAAAUCGAGUUCCCACACGACGAGGGGGCCACAGUGGGGCGUGCGGGCCAAUUCACAGGGUUGGCCAUCACUGAAGACAUGACCAACGGCAUUGGAUUGCGGUUGUUUGCUGGAGCUACGCAACGCGCGAGAGACCCUCAGGGUAUUGCUCCCGCAGCUUCGUACCUGGUAGAGAUCCGCCCAUAG